AUGAUUGGACAUUACAUAGGAAAAGCAGAGUUCUGGGGAACUCAGGCCACAAAGACGGCAGAAAAUCAGGGCCCGGGCCAGCUUUGGGUUUCCCAGUGGGGGUGGGGAGAACAGAGAACGCUGCGGCGACGGCGACAUCACUUGGACUCGGAGGUGGCAGGAGAAAAGCCGAGGAAAGUGCGUUCCAAAGCACCAGUCACUGGCAUCUUGCCGGUCCGGAGAGCCGGACAAGAGGACGUUCCUAAACCUGUGAGAAACACACACCGGACGCAGGACCCGCUUACCCGCCGCGUCCCUUCCCGCAGGCGCCCUCAGAGGCUCUGCGCGCAGUCGCGGGUGGUAGUGGAGGGGGCGGGGACAGCUCGCAGUGACUGGCGGCCCUGGCAGCUGAAGGCGCAGCCUCUCUGCGCAGGGCGGGGCCUACUACUGCGCGUGCUCCGCUUCUGGGCCCGCCUCCUCACAGCCUCGGGCGCUGGUGACCUGGGUAGUCGCUCGCUGCCAGCGGCUGGGACUUCUGGAAGCCUUCCUUGGGCUCUCCGGGAGCGAAAGAAACCCAGAAUCCAGGCAUCUCCAGUUCUUCCUGUUAUCCAGUCAAGCAUGGCAGACUUCUCCCUCCUCCUCCCCGGAGGAAACACUUCGUUCCUGAGGAGCCCUGCUGGUCGGGUCCUAGCCCUAAAAACUUCAGCACUCAGCAUCUACGCUGGGACAGGGGAGGGACGUCCGCUAGGGAGAGAGUGACCUCCCAAGCAUUUCCCUUUCGCUCAGUAUCAGGUCAAUUACAAUACUGCUUUUUUUUUCUGCCUCUAAUCUUUACUUAUAACCCUUUCUUUUCUUGGGACCCUCAGACCGUGACUGGGCUUAUAGAAUCUGUUCUGGUUACCAUCAGCCCAUUCAGGAUGAUUGCCAGCAACUCUUACAGGUGUUCCUGACUACAGAGGAAAAACAGUUCUCUUUAAAGUUUAAAAAAAUGUCCCAGGAGCUGACAGCAGGCCAACCCAAUCACCGAACGAUAGAGGACAUGACAGGAUGCCUUCCCUCUGACUUGACCCAAAUGGGACUUCAAUACUCCAGCUGGUAGGGAGCAGCUCCAUCUUUAAUGCCAGAUUCUGACUGGUGGGUCUAAAAAGGGGGGUUGCAAAGCACCCCAUUAAUUUGAUAAUUUGGCUAAGGUAAGAGCAAU